CUACGCUACCCUACCCCACGUCUAAGACGAAACCCAAUUUUUGCAUUAAAUCCCAAAUUUGAAACCUUAAUCACGAUUCACCUUAAAUAUCAAAUUCUCUCUUUCAAGAAAAUCAAAGCAUGUUUUGAGCUUAACUAAGGAACCCUAACCAGAGAUUUGGGUUUUCUUGAAAGCAUACUCCAUCAAUGGACUUGUACCCUAGCCCCACCAGAACCAAAAGUCCAGAUGAGUCUGAAUAUGAUACCCCACCAUAUACUGAACCCAAUGAGCCCUUUUUAUCCUUCACCAACGGCGCAAUCAAGAAGAUCCACCACAACUCACCACCGCCUGCGGUUGUGGUGACUUACAAAGAUUGUUUGAAGAACCAUGCUGCCAGCUUCGGUGGACAUGCCGUGGACGGCUGUGGAGAGUUCAUGCCUUCUCCUUCCACCAACACCGCCGACCCCACCACCCUAAAAUGCGCUGCAUGUGGCUGCCACCGGAAUUUCCACCGCCGUGAGCCUAAUGAUCCCUCCCCCACCAGUAUAAUCCCUCCUCUUUUUUAUUUCCGCCACCCACCUCCACCUAGGCGACCUACACCUUCCCCCUCCCCACCACCACAACCCAACAUGUUAUUGGCUCUUAGCAUGGCGGUACCGGAGGACCACCACCAGGCUCCGGUGACACCAACGGAAUUCAAGACAGAUAACCUAUCUGGACGAAAGCGAUUCAGAACCAAAUUCAGCCAGGAGCAGAAGGAAAAAAUGCACUCUUUUUCAAAAAAACUUGGUUGGAAAAUGCAAAAAUGUGAAGAAUCAAAAGUCGAAGAAUUCUGCAAAGAAAUAGGAGUUUCUAGAGGUGUACUCAAGGUUUGGAUGCACAAUAACAAGAACAUUUCUGCAAAAACAAGAGAUUAACAAUGGUAGAAAAAUGGACAAAAAAUCAAUGGUAGCAGCACAAUAAGAAUAGUAAUUAUGUUCACAUGUUUCCAACAAUAAAUCUUCUUCUUCAUAUUGAUCAGAUAAGAGCAGCUAAUUAAUAUCUUCUUCAUGUUAAUUGAUUAAGUUAACAUUUUAAUGCAGGAGAAGAAGAGCAAAUAAAGGAUCUAGAUCCUAGAGGUUGAGGGAGAGAAAUUUUGAAUUUCUUCGCUUAUCCUCUAUUUUUUUUAAAUGAAAAUAUAGCUCCUCCAUCUCUAUGAAUAAAGUUAAUAAUAUAUUUUAAGUCUAGCUGAUUGAAAAUAUUUUCAUUGUGAAACUUUCUUUCUUCUUUAUCACUUGGUCGAGCUGACUCGUUCUCCUCAAAGAAUGUAUUGAGUAUAGCAGCAGUUGACUAGAUAUUUAGAAGUAUAGUAGCACUUCAGAAUUGAUAUUCAUAUAUGUAUUUCUCUAAGUAUGAUUUUUCCUUUUAGUUUUCUUGUACUUGUAGCAAGAAAAUGUUUAAAUUUUUUGGGUUCACAUAAUGUGGAAAUAACAUGUGAUUAUGAAUAUUUAUAGCCUGGUUACUAUAUCCCAGCUUGCUCGUUCAAAUU